AUGGCUGCUCUCAAGGCUCGCGUGGCCGCCGCCAUCGGCACGAGCAAGGCAAAGGGAGGGCUGAAUGUCGGACUGCAUCCCGCCCUGGAGGACCUGGGCUCCUGGAAGCCGGCUGGCAGCAAAUCGGACUCGACCAACGGCCAGUCCCGCUCGUCGCGAGGCUCUCCGGCGCGCGUGAACGGAUUCGACAGGGGCACCGCACAGGACACGCACGGAAAGCAGCUGAGAGAUGGGCCGAACCCUUACUUUGACGAGAAAGCCGCCGCCCAAGAGCCGACUGGGCGGCAGCGGAUACCCCGACAGCUGGCCUUCAACCAGAAGGGAAAAUACAUACAGCAGGGCAAUGCCUUGCGUCGUCAGGCGGCCCUCGAGGCCAUGAAACGGCGCAUUGCGGAGCAAACCCGCAAGGCAGGCAUUGACGAGGAUCUGGACGUGGAGAAGAACUUUGUGGUUGAAGCCCCUCCCGCCCUGGAGUGGUGGGAUGAAGGUCUGGUGGACGGAUCAUCAUACGACGACAUCGACGACCCCUCCAAGCUCAAGAUUACGACCCCCGACAGCAUCGUGACCGAAUACAUCCAGCACCCGGUUGCGCUCGAGCCCCCCCAGGAACGACGUCCAGUGCCGACAAAGCCAAUGUACCUGACGUCGAAGGAGCAGGCAAAGAUCCGCCGCCAACGGAGAAUGGCAGAGCUCAAGGAGAUGCAAGCAAAGAUACGACUUGGGUUGGUGCCCGCGCCGCCGCCCAAGGUGAAGAAGGGGAACCUCAUGCGAGUGCUGGGCGAUGCUGCCGUCAAAGACCCUACCGCCGUCGAGGCGCGAGUCAACCGCGAGAUUGCCGAGCGAUACGAGCACCACAUCGAAGCCAACGAGGCGCGAAAGCUGACAAAGGAGCAGAAGCACGAGAAGGUUGCCACAAACCAGCAGAAGGAUGCCGACAAGGGCAUCCACGUUCUCGUCUUCAAGAUUACGAGCCUUGCCAACGGCCAGCACCGGUACAAGAUUUGGCGCAACGCCGACCAGCUGGCGCUCUCCGGGACAUGCAUCAUGCACCCCAAGUUCAGCCUGGUGAUUGUGGAGGGCGGCCAGUGGAGCAUCAAGAAGUACAAGAAGCUGAUGCUGCAGCGCAUCAACUGGACGGAAAACACGCAAGCGAGGGACCCGGAGAAGAACAGCGCGGGUGGGCGAGACUGGUUAUCGUCCGAGGGCGCCAACGGGGAGCUCAAGGACUUGUCGACGAACGAGUGCAAGCUGAUAUUUGAGGGCGAGGAGAAGGCGAGGGCGUUUAAGAAAUGGGGCAGCAAGAUUUGCGAGACGGACGCAGAGGCGCGGGAGGUGCUGGCGCGGGCCAAGAUGGAGAGCUUCUGGUCUCUGGCAAAGGGCUAUUCAUGA